CCAUGUUCCCGGGAGGAGGCGGAGCGGUCGGGGCGCGUCUCCAGCCGGAGCGCUGAGUGCGGGGCACCCGCCUGCCGGAAGCAGGGAGAUGGCGCGCAGCGGGAAGAUGGCCAUAGUGCUCUGUCUGGAUGUAGGCUUUACAAUGAGCAAUUCUGCUUCUGGUGAGGAGUCACCAUUUGAACAAGCUAAGAAGGUUAUGACAAAGUUUGUACAGCGACAGGUUUUUGCUGAGAGUAAAGACGAAGUUGCUGUAGUUUUGUUUGGCACAAGUGGUACUAGGAAUGGCCUUGCCAGUGGGGACCAAUACCAAAACAUUACCGUACAUAGGUCACUAAUGCUAGCAGAUUUUGAUCUUCUGGAAGACAUUCAAGAUGUGAUUAAACCAGGCACUGAGCAAGCAGACUUUCUGGAUGCAAUUAUUGUGUGUAUGGACUUGCUUCAGAAGGAAACAAUAGGAAAGAAAUAUGAAAAGAGACACAUUGAACUGUUUACAGACCUUAGUAGUCCUGUCAGUGAGGAUCAGCUGGAAAUUAUAAUUGCUAACUUGAAGAAAACAGGAAUUUCACUUCAGUUUUUUCUGCCAUUUCCAGUGGAUGUUGAUGAUGAGGGUGGAGAUACAAGUGCCAGUAUACAUUCUCAAAUGUGCAGAAACUCUUUUCCAAGAAAGGGUUUAACUGAACAACAGAAGGAAGGCAUUGAUGUGGUGAAGAAAUUGAUGCAUACUUUGGAUGAAGAAGGAGGGCUGGAAGAAAUCUAUACUUUCAGAGAGAGCCUGGAGCGUCUUUCAAUGUUUAAGAAAAUAGAAAGAAGACCUAUGGCUUGGCCUUGCCAGCUCACUAUUGGUUCAAAUCUGUCUAUAAGAAUUGUGGCCUACAAAUCAGUCACAGAAGAGAAGGUGAAAAAGGUUUGGACAGUGGUGGAUGCUAAAACCCUCAGAAAAGACGAUGUGCGGAAAGAAACAGUUUACUGCUUGAAUGAUGAUGAUGAAACAGAGAUUCAGAAAGAUGAUAUUAUUCAAGGGUUUCGCUAUGGGAGUGAUAUAGUUCCUUUUUCCAAGGAAGACGAAGAACAAAUGAAAUACAAAACAGAAGCAAAAUGUUUUUCUGUCUUGGGAUUCAGCAAAUCAUCUCAGAUCCAGAGGCAAUACUACAUGGGCAACCAGGCUCUGAAGGUCUUUGCAGCAAAAGGUGAUGAGAAUGCAGCAGUUGCUUUUUCUGCCCUUGUUCAUGCAUUGGAUGAGUUGAAAGUGGUAGCUAUUGUGCGUUAUGCUUAUGAUAGGAGAAGCAACCCACAAAUUGGGGUAGCUUUUCCAUAUAUUAAGGAUGCAUAUGAGUGUCUCAUCUAUGUGCAACUACCCUACAUGGAAGACUUAAGACAGUACAUAUUUUCAUCUUUGAAAAACAAUAAAAAAUGCAUUCCUACAGAGGAUCAGUUAUCUGCCAUUGACUCUUUGAUUGAUUCUAUGAAUUUGGUUUAUGAAGAUGAUGAUGGAGAAACUUUUGAGGACCUGUUUAAGCCCAGCAAAAUUCCAAAUCCUCGUUUUCAGAGGUUAUAUCAGUGCUUGCAGCAUAAGGCUUUUCACCCCAAUGAGCCAUUGCCACCAAUUGAACAGCACCUUUUAGAGAUGAUGGAGAUUCCCCAUGUGGUAAAAGAAAGGUGUCAGGCUCCUCUUGAAAAAGUAAAAGCACUUUUCCCCUUAAAAGAAGUUAGCAAGAAAAAAGAAGAGAAGACUGCUCAAGAUAUCUUCAAAGACAACAGUGAAGAUGGACCCAACGUUAAGAAACCAAAAAUUGAAGAUGAGGAGGGUAGUUUCAGCAUCAUGAGACUUGCUGAAGGCAACAUCACCUCUGUUGGCAGUGUUAACCCAGCAGAAGAUUUCCGAAUUCUGGUGAGGCAGAAAAAUGCUGACUUCAAAGAUGUGAGUCAGCAGUUAAUACACCGCAUUGAUCAGUUCCUGGAAAAUAAAGGUUCACAAUACUACAUGAAAGGGAUCAAUUGUAUCAGAGUUUUCAGAGAGGAGGCCAUUAAGCUAUCCAAGGUGCAGUGCUUUAAUGAUUUUCUGCAAGCUCUGAAAUCAAAGGUGGAAGAUAAAGCUUUUGCUGAUUUCUGGGAGAUCGUGAUACAAGACAGAAUUUCUUUGAUCACUAAAGUUGAAGCAGAAGGAAGUUUGGUGACUAGUGAAGAGGCUGAACAGUUCUUGGCUCCGAAAGAGAAGAAAAAUGAAAGUCUGCCUACCACAGAUGAAGGUGGUGAUGUUGAUGAUUUGCUGGACAUGAUGUGAUUCAGCGAUACAAGGUGACUAAACAACCAAGUUUUGAAGACAUCUCCCUUUGAGAUGAGGCACAAAACAGAAUGCUAAUGAGAAGACAGUAUAUCCAUCUUUAGUUUCUCAAAUGACAGCAGAAGUCCCAGAGAUAUUUGGAGCUGUUAUAAAUGUCAUCUGACCUUUCAAAGCUAGAACAGAGGAUUGAAGUAAUCUCAAGUUUUUUGUGUAGUAAGGAUACUGUUAAGGCAUCUCGGGGUUUGUUUUUUUGUUUUUUUUCCUUUAACAUUCUGAAUCUCACUUAUCCUUGGAAUUGCUUUCAGAUAAACACUACUAAAUUUAAUGACAGUCUGCACCGGUGCCUGAAUUUUUUGUUACGUUGCCUGGAAAGGAAUAUAGAAAUGUUGCAGUGAGGAUACCAGGCUGAAUCUUUAGUGGAGGUAACUCCAUAGAGCUGUGGUUGCAGAAGGGAAAAAAGUCUCAGUUUUCCUGCUUUUUUCCUAUGGAAGAAACAGAGCCAAAAAAACCCGAAACCACUAUGGCUUAUGGAAAAAAAUUCUAGGCCACAGAGUCACAAAGUAACAGUUUGAAAUACACAACAGAAUCUUAAGCAGAGCAAAGCCAGAUGUGCUGAUUUUGCUAUACUGUACCCAAGUCAGUAAUUAUGGUUAUCUCUGUACUCUCUGUCUUGUCAGUUCAGCAGCAGCUCAACAGUCUCUGUCCUUUUUUUUAAUACAUUUUCUUGUUUCAUAUGCUGGCAUUUCUGAUUUUUUUUGACUUUUAACUGCUACAAUUACUGUAGAUACUCCUAGUGCUAAGAGAAUGAAUGAAUCAGUUAUGUCCCCAUUUUAUUCUCUGCUUUCAUAGAACAGAAGAAUCUAUGAAAGCUGUAUGCUGACAUUACUAGUAUUAAGAUGAUAAAAAAAUCAUGAUCUGUAGUUAAAAAAUGUUUUGAGGUUUCUGCCCUUUAUUCUGAACAGCAGUCAGUGUGUGGGAAAUGGCAGUUGUUUGUUGCCCCUAUCUCCCUCACAGUGACCUGAUCUCUCCUCUUACAUCCUGACUGAACUGAACUGACUGAGUUCAUGCAGACUUGGAAAAUGUUUCUCAAAUGCAGAUGGCAGGGAAUAAGUGAUCUUUCCAGACCUUUAGAGCAUUUGUGCCACCAGAAGAUAUUUUUCUGAACUGUAUAUGAGAUAUAUUUGGUAAGUCCAUUGUUUUGAAAGCCUUUUAAGGCUAAAUACCAGUGUCUGGGUUAUUGUUUUGCAUUUGAUAAAUUUUAUUAAUAAAAAAUUUAAAAAUUGCUUUUAUCUUCUUCAGAACCAUGUUUACUAAGAUUGGGUUAUAAACCACCUAUGCAGUGCUUAAGAGAGAUUAUCAAAGGCCCCUUUUCUAGGCAUACAGUGUAAAUAGUGAAUAUCAAAAUCCCUCUGCACAAGUUGAGUGUAAUUACUUGUUCUGUUCUUUACAAACUCUAGACUUUGUAACACUCAAGUACAAUAAUUUUUACCAUUUUGCACAGACUGAUGAGAAGACUUGGUCAAGUAUAUAUAGGAUUAGAUCUAGACAGGAUAGAAUAUUAGGGCUUUCUGUUUUGCUUGUACCAGUUAACCACAUUUUUAGAGUAUUGUUUCUGUCCAGCAAUAAACAUAUAGUUCAUGAAGUAUUUCAUCAAUCUUCUUGUCAUCUGUACAGCACAUCUAGAAGAACAGAUAAAGGAAGAUACAGGAGACCAGAAUAAGGGAAGUUUACUUUUGUAAUACUGUCAUAAUCUGAUAUGAAGACCUAAAAUAGAAAAACAAAACCAAAAAAAAAGGCAACUCCAAUUUUAAGUUCUCUUGCUUUUCCCAAAGGGUAGAAAAACAUAGAAGUUUACAUUAAAAAUUGGCAUACAAGCAGAUGCACUAUACAAGAAGAUUGUUUAGAAAACCUUUGAACAUGGCUUAAAGUUUGACAAUGUUUUUCUAUAUAGCAAGUUUUGAGAAGGUCAAAAAUUACUUCCCUCUCCCCCUGCCCCUUGCAACUGUUAUGGAACAGGAUUUGCAUUUAUGACAGUAGAAGAACUAAACAAGAACUAGGAAACCUGUCCCUUCCUCUAGUUUUUACAGACCAGACAUAAUUUUAGUGUAUCUGUGAGCUGAGAGUCUUAAAAUAGGCCCUUCACUCCUCUGACUUACUCUAAGCACACAGUGUACUUCAGUAAGUUGGACAGAAAUUAAUCAGCUGCCCCUUCCCCUCAAUUUUGUGACUCCAACAUGACUAAGACACAGUGAAAUGAAUCCUGUCCCUUCUCAUGCUUCACCAAUACAGCUCUCAGAUAUUGACCGUGAAAAUUACCUCUUUUACCAGCAAUCUAAAGUACUGACAGUACUUUCUACUGUUACUCAGUCUGGAGCUAUUCCAGAGCACUAAAAAGUAUUUUAAUUUGGUCAUAUAUAUUUACUGCUAUACUAAUUCUCAGGAUCCCUCUGGAUGCACCAAGUCAACUGUGUGGACCUAAUGACACUUCUGGAAAUCUAUGAUGGGAUUGAUAGGUUGACAGUAAAAAUAUAUUUAAUGUUGCUUUCCAUCUAUCAAACCAAAGGAUUUUUUUUCCUCUAUAUUUUUACUCAAUUCCAACCCUGUCUCGUCCUUCCUUCCUAUUUUGAUACACAAUAAUAGGCAGUAAUAACUGUCAUUUCCUUUUCCUCCAGAAGGAAGUGAAUGCUGCAGCUUUCAGGAUGCUAACAGAAAACAGAAAUACCUCCAGUGCUGGAAUAUAACUGGAUAUAUUUCCUUUCUGCUUUUUGAGAUAAUGCAUAAAGGUAGCACAAGCACCUGAUGAGACCAGCUGUGGUGCAGAUAUUUUUGCCUGAAGCCUGUGGAUCAGACAUAAUGCUAUGUGUAAAGUAAGGCAAAAUAGCUGUAGGACCUGAUGGAGUUUUAUAAGGCUUGGAUGUAUGAGAAUUUCUUCUCCAGCCUGCUACUGUGAGCAGUUAAAUUCUCUCCCCAUGGAGUGAGAUGCAUCCACAAUGUGAGGAAUGGCUUGUAGCACCCUGCACCAUAUUGACUUUUCACAAGUUAUAGCAGUUAUAUCAGAAUGCUCAGGGACCCUUUACUUACCAAAAAAGAGGACAGAAAAGAGUUUUUUUCUUUUGAUCCCAAGCAAGCCAGCAUGGAAAGCCCUGAUAUGAAUGGGUAAAGUCACUCAACAGUUUUCCCUGCAGUCCCUUAACACUGCAGUGCAUGAAUCCCUUGUGAAUUUCAACCUUCUAGCCCACACCCUUCCUGAAUGUUCAAGGAAUGUCACUUGUCCAUCUACAAAGGAUAAAAAAGGGCUCAGCAAGGGUGAGAUGAGAAACAAUGUGACCUAAGCUGAUUGGGUUUGUUGUAUAUUGUUUGUAAGGGUUCUUUGGCUCUGUCAAAAGAUUAUUCAAAACUUUGUGAGAUCUGGUGGUUGGGCUUCUUGGGAAAUAAAGAAGGUAUUCUAGAUGAGGUGUGUUCUGUAUCAGUUGGAAUCUCUCGGAGAUAUACUAAUACUAAAUCAACCUGUAAAUUAAAG